AUGGAGCAGCGGAAGGGUGUGGAUUGGACGGUCAUCAUCCUGACAUGUCAGUACAAGGACAGCGUCCAGGUCUUCCAGAAAGAGCUGGAGAUUCGGCAGAAGCGGGAGCAGAUCCCGUCUGGGACGCUGUUACUAACUGUGGAGGACCCCGAGAUGCGUGUGGGUAGCGGAGGAGCCACCCUCAAUGCCCUGCUGGUGGCUGCUGAACACCUGAGUGCCCGGGCCGGCUUCACCGUGGUCAACUCUGACGUCCUGCAGUCGGCCUCGAUCCUCAUCCUGCACAUGGGCCGGGACUUCCCUCUGGAUGACUGUGGCCGAGCCUUCACCUGCCUCCCGGUGGAGAACCCCCAGGCCCCCGUGGAGGCCGUGGUCUGUAAUUUGGACUGCCUGCUGGACAUCAUGAGCCACCGGCUGGGUCCUGGCUCCCCACCAGGCGUGUGGGUCUGUAGCACCGACAUGCUGCUCUCUAUUCCUCCAAACCCAGGCAUCAACUGGGACGGCUUCCGGGGAGCCCGAGUGAUUGCCCUUCCAGGGAGCACGGCCUACGCCCGGAACCACGGCGUCUACCUCAGUGACACCCAGGGCUCCGUCCUGGACAUCUACUACCAGGGCUCCGAGGCCGAGCUACAGUGCUGCGCCAGGCCUGACGGGAGGGUGCCGCUGGUCUCUGGAAUUGCCUUCUUCUCUGUGGAGACCGCCGAGCACCUCCUGGCCACUCACGUGACCCCGCCCCUGGAUGCCUGUACCUACAUGGGCUUGGACUCCGGAGCCCGGCCUGUCCAGCUGUCUCUGUUUUUCGACAUCCUGCUCUGCAUGGCUCAGAACGUGAAUAAGGAGCAUUUCCUGGUGGGGCAGCCCCCCGAGCUGGGGCAAGGCGACGCGGGCAGCGCGGGCUAUCUGCAGAGUGCCCGGGCAGAGCUGUGGCGGGAGCUUCGCGGUCAGCCCCUCUCCAUGGUUUACAUCCCUGAUGGCAGCUAUCACUACCUGACCUCCUUAGCCAGUGACCUUCUGCACAAACUCACAAUGCCCCACGCCCCCAGGGCCCAGGUUGUGCAUGCCCAGGUGGAGGAUCCAGAGUUCCUGAUGCCAGGGAGCUCUGUGGUCAGCUGCCUGCUGGAGGGCCCUGUCUGGCUGCAUCCUGGGAGCAUCCUGCAGCACUGCCACCUUCAGGGCCCCAUUAACAUCGGCACUGGCUGCUUACUGAGUGGCCUGGAUGCAGCCGAGUCGGAGGCGCUGCGCGACGUGGGCCUGCGAGACCUUGUCCUGCAGGGACACUUCGUGCGGCUGCAUGGCUCCCCAGGCCGGGUCUUCACCCUCGCAGGGUGUCAGGACAGCUGGGAGAGACAGGCGUCAGGCACAUAUCUCAACAUGCCUUGGAGUGAGUUCUUCCAGAAGACAGGCAUCCGAGACUGGGAUCUGUGGGACCCAGACACACCGCCCUCAGAGCGUUGCCUUCUCAGCGCCCGCCUCUUCCCUGUGCUGCACCCCUCGAGGGCACUGGGACCCCAGGACCUGCUGUGGAUCCUGGACCCCCAGAAGGAUGGGUGCGAGGCCCUGCGGGCCUGGAGGGCCUCCUGGCGUCUGUCCUGGGACCAGCUGCAGCCCUGCCUGGACCGGGCUGCCACACUGGCUGCCCGCCGGGACCUCUUCUUCCGUCAGGCCCUGCACAAGGUGCAGCAUGUGCUCGAGGCUCAGCAGGACUUCAGCCUGCAGCCUCUCAUCCGGGCUGCUGUCCAUGAGGGCUGCCCCGGACCCCUGCUGGCCACACUGGACCAGGUUGCAGCUGGCGCAGGAGACCCCGGGGUAGCGGCGCGGGCACUGGCUUGUGUGGCGGACGUGCUGGCCUGCAUGGCGGACGGUUGUGGAGGCCUGCGGAGUGGACCAGCUGCCAACCCUGAGUGGACUCGGCCCUUCUCAUAUCUGGAGUGUGGCGACCUGGCAAGGGGAGUGGGGGCGCUCGCCCAGGAGCGGGACAAGUGGUUGAGCAGGCCAGCCUUGCUGGUGCGAGCUGCCCGCCACUACGAGGGGGCCGAGCAGAUCCUGAUCCGCCAGGCCGUCAUGUCCACCAAGCAGUUCAUCUCCAAGCAGCCGGUGGAGCUGCCGGCGCCUGGGCAGUGGGUGGUGGCUGAGUGCCCAGCCCGCGUCGACUUCUCUGGUGGCUGGAGUGACACGCCACCUCUGGCCUAUGAGCUUGGUGGGGCAGUGGUGGGUCUGGCCGUGCGUGUGGACGGCCUCCGGCCCAUUGGGGCCAAAGCCCGUCGCAUUCCUGAGCCGGAGCUGAGGCUGGCGGUGGGGCCGCGGCAGGAUGAGAUGACCAUGACGGUUGUGUGCCGGAGCCUGGAUGAUCUGAAGGACUACUGCCAGCCCCAUGCCCCAGGGGCCCUGCUGAAGGCAGCCUUCAUCUGUGCCGGGAUCGUGAAUCUCUGCGCCAGCCUCUCGCUGGGCGAGCAGCUGCUCCAUGCCUUUGAGGGUGGCUUUGAGCUGCACACCUGGUCCAAGCUGCCCCAUGGCUCUGGCCUCGGUACCAGCAGCAUCCUGGCAGGCGCUGCCCUGGCAGCCGUGCAGCGGGCUGCUGGCUGGGUGGUGAGCAAAGAGGACCUGAUCCAUGCCGUGCUGCACCUGGAGCAAGUGCUCACCACAGGAGGUGGCUGGCAGGACCAAGUUGGGGGCCUGAUACCUGGCAUCAAGAUAGGGUACUCCCAGGCUCAGCUGCCCCUUAAGGUGGAGGUGGAGGAGAUCACUGUGCCGGAGGGCUUCGUCCAGAAGCUCAACGACCACCUGCUCCUGGUGUACACGGGCAAGACCCGCCUGGCCCGAAACCUGCUGCAGGACGUGCUGAGGAGUUGGUACGCCCGGCUGCCCACAGUGGUGAAGAAUGCUUACAACCUGGUGCGGCAAGCCAGAGAGUGCGCUGAAGCCUUCCGUAGAGGAAACCUGCCUCUCCUGGGCCAGUAUCUGACCUCGUACUGGGCACAGAAGAAGCUUAUGGCCCCCGGGUGUGAGCCCCUGGCAGUGCGGCGGAUGAUGGACGCCCUGGCACCUCACGUACAUGGCCAGAGCCUGGCAGGGGCAGGUGGCGGGGGCUUCCUCUAUGUCUUGACAAAGAAACCGCGGCAGAAGGAGGCUCUGGAAGCUGUACUGGCCAAGACUGAGGGCCUCGGGAACUACAGCGUCCACCUGGUUGAAGUGGACACUCAGGGGCUGAGCCUACAGGUGCUGGAGAGGGAGGCCUCACCAAGCUCAUGCCCGUGA